AUGAGUGCUCCCUCCUCCCAAAAAGUUGUGUUGAAAAGCACCACCAAGCAGUCCCUGAAUGAGCGGUGAGACGCACUACGCACCCUGACAGCACUAAGCGAGGCGAAGGGCGAAACAGUGGUACAGACGGCCCUAGUGUGCUCUACUACGGAAGGCCACUGUUGGGGACCUGCCCAGACAUGGACGCUAGACUGCUCGGGGCCGACGUGUGCGCCGCUCACUCAAAAUGCAUGCCGUAUUCAGCAUUUGCUGACAAAAAGUUUGACGAACAGAGUGCAAACGUUGUGCUCCUGGCCAACCUUUUGUGUGAGCAGCGCACACUUAGACCCAAGGAGAGAGGGUAACGGUGAUGCUUGGUAAGGCGACUGUCCUAGAAUGGGCACAGGCCGCACUCCUGAUAUGCCCCGGCACUCCUCCUCUCUCAAAAUAUAGUGUACGUAUGGGAGAGGAGAGACCAAACCGCUCCUCUCCCACCCUCUCUCUACACACACAACUCUCUCUCAACUAAAUUACUGUUUGUUUAGCCAUUUGUCUCCUCUUCCUCUCUUCUUUGCUAUCACUUUAAUUUUCGGUUCUCUGUGCUCUGAUGUCUUUCUGUAAGACUAGGUGCCCAGUCCUAGCCCGGACGUGACCCCCCCCCCCCUUUCCUUGCUAUUCUCACAUGUGUGGUGUGAGCACAAGGCACGGUCCGGGCUGUAAGUGGCUGGGUUGCCAGAUACCCCUCCAGUCCUGGGCCUCCAACCUCCGCCAGGCCUUUUUCGCAGGCGGAUGACAUCAAAACAAGGUGGCGGGAGGCCUGUAAGUGGCAGUCACUCUCCUCUCUUGUCGUCCACUUUCCUUUCUCUCAUUUUCUCCAUCUGUUCCAGUGUUUCUUCUACUGCUUUUCUAUCCAUCUUUCUACUUUGUUUUACCUUAACAUAAAAUGUGCUGAAUUGCUUCCAAAAUACAUUUUGGGUUGUCAAAUACUUAACAAUGAGAGAGAGAAACAAAGAGAGUGAGGUGCCAACAAGUGGGGCAUUCAUAACACACACCACAGCUCCUGUGGCUGUGUCCUUGGUAUGAGAAAUGACUUGAUUUGGAACCCUCCCUCCCCCUCCGUAUCCUCUUUCUCCUCCUCUUCCCCCUUAUGUCCCGCUCCCCCUCCCCUCCAAAGCUUCACUACCAUGCUGAAGAACAAGGCGCCGACAGCGGUGAGUGUGCGAGCCACCAUGCAGCAGCAACAAAUGGCCAGUGCCCGCAACCGCCGCCUCGCCCAGCAGAUGGAGAACAGGCCCUCUGUGCAGGCCGCUCUGCACCACAAGCAGGUGAGACAAGGUGCUCCAUGUCAUUUGGUCUUUCUUCAAUUCCUCAAUUUACUUAUCAACAGUAUUGGCGGAGACGGUCCAAGUCCGUUCCCUCUGACCUUAUUCUCCAAUGCAUUUUGAGGAGGAAUCGAGGAAAGAUGAAUUGAGAAAGAGACAAAUGGGGAGAAGCCCUGUAAAUGGGUGAGAAGGAGAGAGGAAUGGGACACCGGAAACAGGACAUGUUCUACAAAAGUGUAAGAUUGGGAAUGGGAAAAAAGUCUAUACACUUGAAAUCACUAGAUAUUAGGAACUUGAAAUGCUUGACGGAGACGUAGUAAGAGAAGGGACCAUGGAGCAAAGGUUAAUAUACAGAUCACAUAAGUGCCUCACCACCUCCCUAUUCAUGCCACUUGGUAUCAACCUUCCACCUAACCCUGCCAGAGCCUGAAGCAGCGCCUGGGGAAGAGCAACAUCCAGGCCAGGCUGGGCCGGCCCAUCGGGGCUUUAAUGCGGGGGGCCACUGGAGGCCGGGGAUUUUCCGUUGGAGGGAUGCGGGGGAUGACCAGAGGAGGUCUGCGAGGCCGCGGCAGAGGAGGAGCCCUGAGGGGAGCUAUGGCUCUGAGAGGUGAGCAUUUGGUACCACACAGCAAAGUCUACUUGGAUUGAUAUUUUGCUACUAUGUUAGUCCUGACAAUGUUGGCUUCAUAAAUUGUUAAUAGACAUACGGCAAGAUUUUAUGAUUUGUCUUAAAUGUUCUACUCUGGGGCUGGAAUAUACUUUUCACAGCUUUUGUAGGCCUCAUACUUUUUUGCAUAGGGGGAAAGGCAAACGUUGUUAUUUUAAGGGAUGAGCAAAUGCCCCCUGCUGAGUUGAAUGGAAUACCCCAGCUGUCAGUCCAGGUGGAGCUGUCAAUCAGAGUAUGGCUUCACCCCCUGGUUUAGUAUCCAUCCCCUCAACCUGAGGGAAUGUGGCUGUCAAUCAUCAUGUAACUCCACUCUCCAUAAACCCCCUGCUGUCCUGAUUGGCCCGGCAUCUUGGCAACUUUUGUGCUUCUGAACAUGUGGUGACGGAUCUAACAGCUGCACUGUCCCUACUUAUCCACGCACUGUCACCCCACACCCAUUUCUACACACUCCUGGUGGAGGGGAUUGGAUUUUAGACUGCAGUUUUUUUUAUUUAUUACGCUAAUACUUCACAUGAAAUUAAUUUAAAUAAUCCUGAUGUCUACACUUGGCUUUAAUUUAUCAAGGUUUAGAAUGUGAUUCGAGAGAAUACAUGGGCAAGCCACCCAGCAAACACCUCAAACCUGUCUGUCAAGGCUAACGUAAAACAAGAUGGAGUACAGAUGUGUAACCACAUUUCCCCCCCCCCCUCAUAGAAUUUGAAUACUUUAGCUGCUAUAGUUAGGUGUGUUGGUGGUGGAGAUGUGGGUGAGUGAUAGGCUUGUAAAAUGUUUUUGUAUUCACUUGACAACUUUGUUCUUAAACUGAAAUGUGAUAAGUUAACAUUUAGGAAUUGAACUAUCAACCUUCAACUAAGUCACUAGUUAACUGCUCCUUUAUUUCAUCCUGUGUCCUGAUAGGGAAUCGCCUUGCCCCAGGCAUGGGCCAGAUGCGUGGCAGAGGGGGUCCAGGCCGGGUGGCCCACCGUAGGGGGAUGCGUCAGAGAGGAGGGGUUGCUGGUCGUGGAGGUGCCUUCGGCAGAGGAGCUGGAAGAGGAGUGGGAGCCAGGGGUAUGGAACUGGAUUUUGAGUUGGGAUUAAUUUAAUCUGUAUAUUGACACGUCACAAUCUACCUCAAGUUUCUUGUUUACAUGAACACUUGUGCAGCAACCUUUUUGUGAAUGCGUUGUUGACCACCAUCUCCCUCCCUCCAGGACGAGGCGGUCUGCUAGGGCGCGGUGGCUUCGCCGGCAGGGGUGUUGGCCGCGGUCGUGGGGGUGGAAGAGGAGGCCGGGGUAGAGGAGGUGGCCCAGGGAUGACCCGCGAGCAGCUGGACAACCAGCUUGACGCCUACAUGUCCAAGACCAAGGGCAACCUGGACGCUGAGCUGGACGCGUACAUGGCCCAGGCUGACCCAGAGGGCAUGGAGUGA